AUGUCAAAAAAAGUGACAUGGGUCCACAUAUUGGACGAUUUCAACACUGUCGCCUUGGAUUUUCUUCGUCCAUUCAGAUUUCCGCUUGCUGUAAUUGCCGCUCUUGUAAAUGCUUUCCAUAUACUAGUUCUCAGCAGAAAAUCGAUGAGAUCAAAUUGUAUAAAUGUAAUUAUGAUAGGGAUUGGUAUUUGUGAUUUGUAUGUGAUGGGAUACAAAGUACAAGAUAAAAUUAGAGAUAUGAUACCUGUUCCUGAUUGUUCUCUACCAUACAGCUACACUUAUAUGAUGGUCACCUCCUGUUUUGAAAUCGCUGAAAGUCUUUUACGACGCCUGUCCGCAUAUCUUGCCGUUCUAAUGGCAACCGUUCGUGUUCUUGUAGUCAAAAAUCCACUAAACGCCAAGUUUGAUAGCCUAUCCACUCCUAUGUUCGCUAUCAAAUCCAUUAUUUUGCUCACCCUUCUCAGUGCUAUUAACGACGCUUUUUACUACGCGCCGAGCCGUUUCGAAAGUGACGAUAUGCCGGUCAAACCUCCUGCAAGGUGUGGUUACGGUGAGAACUUUACUGCAAUAGUGCUAGUCCGCACGUUCAACAUCAUAUUCUACGAAAACUUCUAUCAACAGGUCUACGUGAUUUAUGAUGGAAUUUCGAAGGAACUCCUCACAACCUUCAAUCCAACUGAAUCCAGCGAAAAUCGCGGCGUAGCCGCGAAUUUUCUGCUGGUUUUCAGCUAUGCGCUUACGGAUCUUCAAUCUGUAUUUAACUAUUUGGUUAUGCUGAAUACUAUGACACAUUGUGUCGUUAGCUUGGCAAUUUCAUCACAAUACAGAGAUGCUGUGUUUCAAUUAUUACCAUGUUUGAAGCUUAUACGUAGAAAGAAGCCGGAUGUGAUCCAAGUGGAGGCAAGCUCGUCCAGACCUACCAGAGGCAGUGUGAAUCUUUCGCAAGUUGGUUGA